GGGGCGACAAAUGUGUCUCCUGAUUUUGUAUGGGUUUUGUUAAGGGUUUUUUUGUUUUGUUUUUUUGCUGAACAUGGAGGGUACCACUGUCCAACUCUUAAGAUUUUCUCUAGCACUUUUUGGCUUUUGUGUCCAUGGGCAUAUUGGAAGUGUUGGUGGCUUUAGCAAUGGAGGUUAUCCUGGGUACUAUGAGGCUGGCCUCCCAAUGCAGGAUGAUGUGAAGCAGCAAAGUUCCAGCUGGUAUGACCAAGGAGUUGUAUCAGAUCCCUUUAGGCCACUAAGAUCCAAGGAUUUCACUUAUGGUGCUACAGUUAAUGGUUUACAUAACCGUGUAAGCUAUAGCCCUCAAACUGGCUCCUAUGGCUCUGGUCCAGUGACAAGUGUAUAUAACAUUGGUUCUGAAUCUGAUGUUAGAAGGCAAAAUCCAGGCUCUCUGAUAUCUCCAGGUGGCAGUUUUGUUUCUGGUUCUCUAGCCACUGCAUUGAGUACAAGUGUGAGAAGUAAGACCGUACCCAAGCCGGCACAGCUUAACUAUCAAACUGUAGUGCAGACUAGUAAUGAGCCUGUGGCCUCUAAUAGCCAGCAACCAGUGCAGACUGGCUCCCAGUCCAGUGGUCUACUGUUAGCUAAUGCCCAGUCCUUUGUCAAGCCCCAGAGAAGUAGACUUCAAGUUGGUUCCAAGCUAUUUUCUGGUGGCAGGCCCAUCCUGAGUUCAAGUCUUGGCCAGCAGUCAGCACAAGCCAGCUACCAAUCUGUGUCCCAACCCAGUGGCCUGCACUCGGCUCAAGCCAGCUACCAGUCUAUGCAACAGCCUAGUGGCCAAAAACCAGGACUGACCCGAUACCAGCCUGUCUCUCAGCCCAGUGGCCUGCAGUCGGCACAAGCCAGCUACCAGUCUUUGUCCCCGCCUAGUGGCCUGCAGUCAGCACAAGCCAGCUACCAGUCUAUGCAACAGCCUAGUGGCCAAAAACCAGGACUGACCCGAUACCAGCCUGUCUCUCAACCCAGUGGCCUGCCGUCAGCACAAACCAGCUACCAGUCUUUGCCCCAACCUAGUGGCCUGCAGUCGGCAAAAGCCAGCUACCAGUCUAUGCAACAGCCUAGUGGCCAAAAACCAGGACUGACCCGAUACCAGCCUGUCUCUCAGCCCAGUGGCCUGCAGUCAGCACAAGCCAGCUACCAGUCUAUGCAACAGCCUAGUGGCCAAAAAACAGGACUGACCCGAUACCAACCUGUCUCUCAGCCCAGUGGCCUGCAGUCAGCCCAAACACGCUACCAGUUUGUGCCCCGGCCUGAUGGCCAAAAACCAGGACAGAUCCAAUACCAGCCCAUCUCACAGCCUAGUGGGUUGCAGUCGGCACAAGCUAGCUACCAGUCUGUGCCCCAACCUACUGGCCUGCAGUCGGCAAAAGCCAGCUACCAGUCUAUGCAACAGCCUAGUGGCCAAAAACCAGGACUGACCCGAUACCAGCCUGUCUCUCAGCCCAGUGGCCUGCAGUCGGCACAAGCCAGCUACCAGUCUUUGUCCCCACCUAGUGGCCUGCAGUCAGCACAAGCCAGCUACCAGUCUAUGCAACAGCCUAGUGGCCAAAAACCAGGACUGACCCGAUACCAGCCUGUCUCUCAGCCCAGUGGCCUGCAGUCGGCACAAGCCAGCUACCAGUCUUUGUCCCCACCUAGUGGCCUGCAGUCAGCACAAGCCAGCUACCUUUCCAGUUUUGGUUCCCAACCCCUAGAGCAACCCAGUAAUGUACAACUUGCUUCAAGCUAUGAGUCUGUUGCAGCCUGACCUUCAGGAUACAGCACCACUGCGCUCCCAGACUACUCAAAAUGAGCACUUCUCGCCAGGCAUGUUGAGGCUGUUGCAGCAAGUGAAGUCAUAGCUGCACAGUUGAUUUAACUUCAUUUAGUGUGUCUUUGUUGUUUUUGUUUAACAAUAAAUAUCACAUACCAA